AUGAUUUCUCAAGAGAAGACAGAAGAGCAUCCUUUUGCAGAUAUAUUUAGUGAAGAUGAAACUGAAAAAAAUUUUUUGUUGUCCAAACCUGUUUGCUUUGUUGUAUUUGGGAAACCAGGAGUUGGGAAGACAACAUUAGCCCAUCAUAUAACACAGGCAUGGAAAUGUAUUCGUGUUGAAGCUUUAUCAGUUUUGGAAGAACAAAUUGCUGCUGCAACUGAAACGGGAGUUAUGGUGCAAUCUUUGCUGCUCAGUGGUCAAAGCGUUCCGGAUGAACUUAUCACAAAACUAAUGUUGGAGAAGCUCAACUCCCCAGAAGUCUCUCACUUUGGUUAUAUUAUCACUGAAAUACCAUCACUUUCACAGGACACCAUGACUACCUUGCAGCAAAUAGAAGUACUUAAAAAUUUAAAUUUGAAACCUGAUAUUAUAAUCAAUAUUAAGUGCCCUGACUAUGAUUUAUGCCAAAGAAUUUCUGGGCAAAGACAGCAUAGUAAUACGGGAUACAUAUACACCAGAGAUCAGUGGGAUCCUGAAGUCAUCGAGAGUCGUAGGAAAAGGAAGAAAGAAGCCCUAAAAGAAGGAAAAGUAGAAGAGGAAGGAGAAGAGGAAGAAGAACAAGAAGAAGAAGAGGCGUUCCUUGCUGAAAUGCAGAUGGUGGCUGAAAUUCUUCACCAUCUAGUUCAGAGGCCUGAGGACUAUUUGGAAAAUGUUGAAAAUGUUGUUAAACUCUAUAAGGAAACGAUUCUUCAUUUUUUAGAAGAAAUGAUGGCUGAACACGACCCCCAGUAUCUCAUUGAGCUAGAUGGAAAUAAGCCACCAGAUGAGCUCUUCACGAUAGUUGUAGAUCGACUUAAAUAUCUGAACCUAAAAAAAGCAGCUGUUUUAACCAAACUUCAGGGUGCAGAAGAAGAAAUUAAUGACUCAUUGGAAACUGAGGAGCUGUUCCGUACUUUUGCAUCUUAUAAACUUAUUGCACCCAGAUAUAGAUGGCAGAGAAGCAAAUGGGGACGUCUAUGUCCCAUGAAUUUAAAAGAAGGCAACAUUUGCUCAGGAUCACCAGAUUUUGUUGUGAGUUUUCUAGGUAAAAUGUACUGUCUUUCAUCAGAAGAAACGUUAAAAACAUUUUUAUUGAACCCACGCCCCUGUCUUCUUCCACCUAUGCCGGCACCACCAUGUAAAGUAUUCAUAUUUGGACCGGAAUUUUCAGGGAAAACAACACUUAGCAAUUUGCUUGCAGAAUAUUACAAAGGAAAGGUAGUUGACUAUACUGAACUUGUUCAACCACGUUUUAAUAAAGCCCGGGAAACAUUAAUGAAAAAUACUAUAGCUGCGGCCACUGAAGCAGCUAUUAAAGUUGUGAGAGAAAAGCUUCUCACCGAACUACAAGCUAAAAAACAAGGUGAAACAUGGUUAAAAAUGUAUGUUUUAAGUUCAGUCUCAGUAGAAGACUCAAUGGAAGAGGUAACUGCAAAUCAUCCAGAGGUUCUUUCUAUGAUUGAGGAGACUAUAAAUAUAGCACAGGAUAUAAAUUUUGAACAGCCAUAUGAAAAACAUGCUGAAAUCUUACAGGAAGUCCUCAAAGAGGUAAUGGAAGAAAACAAGGACAGGUUUUCUGGUGCCCCAAAGCAUGGAGGAUGGAUUGUGGACAACUGCCCUAUUGUAAAAGAACUAUGGAUGGUCAUAGUCGAAAAAGGAAUUAUACCUGAUUUGAUAAUCUAUUUAUCAGAUACAGAAAACAAUGGAAAAUGUUUACUUAAUAGACUAUAUUUGGAGAAUAAAUCUGAAAUUGAUGCUAAGAUUUUAGAAAGAUUAUUAGAUGAACUACAAAAGAAAAAAAAAGAGGAAGAAGAAGCAAGAAAAGCCACAGAAGAGGCAUUGAGACUAGAAGAAGAAAAUCAAAGGCUACUGGAAGCUAUGAAUGUGAAAACAAAAGAAGCUGAAGAGCCUGAUGAGGCUGAAGAGGAGAGUGAAGGUGAGGAGUCUGAAGUUCACGAUGAGUCUGAGCCACCUGAGGUAUCCGAGGAGACCAGAGGGUCCUUGUUACCUGACGAAUCUGAAGUAUCUGAGGUCCCUGAAACAGAACGUGAUUCAGUUGUACUACCUGAGUUUCCAGAGGACUCUUAUCCUGAUGUUCCUGAAAUGGAGCCUUUUAAAGAGAAGGUUAAUUCUUUCAUCCUCAACUGGAAACAGCUGGAAGCAUUCAUUCAUGACUCUUUCAUUCAGAUUUUAAACUUAGAGAUUGCUGACAGGACUCCAAAGGAACUACUUCAAAAAGUAGUUGAGACUAUGGAAAAACCUUUCCAGUAUACUGCAUGGGAGUUAGGUGUGGAAGAUUAUGAUGAAGAAACAGAAGACUAUCAGGCCGAAGGAGAGCUUGAUGAGGAGCCAGAUGAAGAGGAAGAGGAAGAGGAAGAGUGGCAGGUUCCUCCAUUAAGAAUAUGCCUUGUCGGCCCUCAUGGCUGUGGCAAAACUACAUGUGGAAGACAGUUGGCAGAAAAGUUGGGCAUUUUUCACAUUCAGUUUGAAGAAGUUCUUCAAGAAAAAUUAAUGUUCAAAACUGAAAAGAAAGUUGGACCUGAAUUUGAGGAAGAUUUGGAGGAAGAACUAGCUGUGAAACAAGAACUUGAAGAGCUUGCAAUUCAGGCCAAUGUUAAAAUUGAGGAAGAAAACACAAAAAAGCUGCCUCCAGAAGUACAACUUACAGAAGAAGAAGAAGUAAUCAAAGCAAGUCUAAUGGAAAAUGAGCCAUUGCCUCCUGAAAUUCUCGACGUAAUUCUUUCUGAGUGGUGGCUUCAGGAACCAAUGCGGUCCACAGGUUUUAUACUAGAUGGUUUCCCACGGCAUCCCGAAGAGGCCCUGUUUCUAGGGGAGCGCGGAUUUUUCCCAGAUGCUGCUGUUUUUAUACAAGUUGAUGAUCAAGAUAUUUUUGAUCGCCUCCUUCCUUCCCGAGUUGCAAAGUGGAAACUGAAACAAAAGAAGAAAUUAGAAAGGAAAAAACUCAUCAAAGACAUGAAGACAAAAAUCAGGGAAGAUAUGAUUGCUAAAAGAAGGGCUGAACUUAUGUCAGAGAGAGAGAAAAAAAGGAAAGGGGAGAGUUCUAGUAAAGAAGAUGAAGACAUUAGUGAAGAGGAGCCUGAAGAUGAUGAAGAUGAUAUUGACAACAUCCUUGAGGAGGAGUUUCCAAAAGAUGAGGAAGAGAUGACCGAGGAAGAUGAACAGGAAAGUGAAGCGAUUGAACGCCUGAGAGGUGAACUGGGAGAGAAAUUUGAAGCAGAUUUGCAUAAUUUACAAAUUAUACAGGAUGAUUUUGAGAAGUUUUUGAUACCAAUAAUUCUUAUUAAUGGAGCUCGGAAAAUCCACAUUGUACAAUAUAUGUUGAAUCUGAGAAUGAAACCACUGGUGGAAAAUCGUGCAAGCAUUUUUGAGAAAUGUUAUCCAAUAUCGACACACAUUGCACAGAAAAUGCUCAACUUUACCUAUAAGUAUACAAGCUCAUUUGGCUAUUGGGACCCUGUAAAGCUAAGUGAAGGAGAGACAAUCAAGCCAGUUGAAAAUGCAGAGAAUCCAGUUUAUCCCGUGAUUCAUCGUCAGUACAUUUAUUUUUUAUCUAGUAAGGAAACUAAAGAGAAAUUUAUGAAGAACCCAAUCAAAUAUAUCCGCCAACCCAAACCUAAGCCUACUGUGCCUAUUAAGAUUAUAAUUGUGGGGCCUCCAAAAUCUGGGAAAACUACAGUUGCCAAAAAAAUUGCAAGUGAAUAUGGCUUAAAGCGUUUAUCAAUAGGAGAUACUUUGCGUUAUAUAUUAAACCACCACCCAGAAACAGAGCUGGCACUGAUGUUAAAUUGGCAUCUUCAUAAGGGAAUGACAGCACCCGAUGAACUGGCUAUUCAAGCCCUAGAACUUUCUCUGAUGGACAGUGUAUGCAAUACUGCAGGUGUUGUCAUUGAUGGAUAUCCUGUAACUACACAUCAAGUCAAUCUCUUGGAAGCCAGGUCAGUCAUUCCCAUGGUCGUCUUUGAGUUGGAUGUGCCUUCCAAGGAGAUUUUCAAAAGAUUGCUCCUGGAAAAAAAAAGUCAACAAAGUUUGCCUUAUCCAUUGCACAAUAGUACACAAAUUAUAGCUGUCAAGAAUGCAAAGUACCGCAAAAAUAUUGGUGAGAUUAGGCAAUAUUAUCAAGAACAACAUCAGAACUGGUAUGUGAUUGAUGGAUUUCACAACAAAUGGUGGGUAUGGAAUGAAAUCAUUAAGAAAGUUCAAAUGGUGAAUAAAUACAUGCAGACAUACCUGGAAAGAAUAAAAGAAGGAAAAGCGGCCUGCAUUGACAAGUUAUGUAUCACACCACAAGAGCUGAUUUCUCGCCUGGGAGAAUUUGGACAGUUCUGCCCCGUCAGCCUGGCAGAAACAUGUGAAUUAUUGGAUUGCUCUGUAACAGACUCCUUGGAAUUUGCAGCAGAGUUCAGGGGGCACUAUUAUAAAAUGAAUUCUCAGGAAAAACUGAAUAAAUUCUUGGAGAACCCAGAAUUAUACGUGCCUCCCUUAGCACCCCAUCCACUCCCGUCUGCUGACAUGCUCCCCAAAAGGCUGACGCUGUCAGAGCUGAAGAGUCGGUUCCCCAAGUGUGCCGAGCUCCAGGGCUACUGCCCGGUGACCUACCAAGAUGGAAAACAAAGAUAUGAAGCCCUAGUACCUGGUAACAUUAACUAUGCUGCAGAAUAUCGUGAUCGUAUAUAUAUUUGUGAGAAUAAAGAAAAACUCCAGAAAUUCUUGAGGUCACCAAUGAAAUACUGGGAUCAGAAGCUUCCACACAAACUGCCCCCAUUAAGGGAACCGAUAAUUCUCACUAGUCUUCCUUUGCCUGGAUAUCUGGAACAGGGUAUCGCAACUUCUCUAAUUAAAGCAAUGAAUGCAGCAGGAUGCUUAAAGCCCAAAUUCCCCUUCUUGAGUAUAAGGAGGUCUGCACUAGUAUACAUAGCAUUUCAUCUAAAAGCAUUUAAUCCCAAAGGUUCUGAAUAUACAAGAAAAAAGUAUAAAAAGAAGAUGGAACAGUUUGUGGAGAGAUGUGAACUCAUAACAUACUUAGGUGCCAAGAUGACCAGAAAAUACAAGGAACCUCAGUUUAGAGCCAUUGAUUUUGAUCAUAAAUUACAGACCUUCCUCUCUCUCCAAAAUAUAGACCCAAUUAGUGGAUAGUUUGCUUAGGUAACUGCAACCUGAAUCUCAAGUUGUCACAAAGUGACAGCGGGAAGUCAAGAGCAGUGGACUGAAAAUCUGGGCCUCUCUGAAGUACUUUUCCCUCCUGAGAAAUGUACACAGUUGCCAGACUUCAAAUGGACUCAAAGUUCUGCCAGCCAGGAAGCAACACUCUUCUGUAAGCAUAAGUUUUAGUACAGUUUUAAGGUUUAUUGCUCUUUGCCUGAACUUUGAUGCUUUAACAAAAUAGACAUUCCAUUUAUAAUUCCAUUUAGAAUACUAAAGUAACUUAUUUUAAUAGAUUUAUUGUUUACUUUUUAACAUUUUCAGUAGAAAUGUUAGUCUCUGUUAAAGAAAAUUAUUCAUUAAAGGUUAGAAAGCUUCAAGAAACAAAGUUAACAUUGAUAUAAAAACAGAAAUAUUGGUUAUAUGUUUUACAUAAGAAGUUGUUUAUGAACUUUGUGAACAUAAGAUGCUAUUAUUUUCCCAAAAUAAAUGGAUUUU